GUACCAAGCCAGUGUGCGGCUCCACGGGGUCCACAAGUCUAAGCUCCCCUGGCAGCAGCCUGGCUCCCAGGCCUCCUCCUUCCAUCAGCCAGCGAUCAUUGUUGUCCAGAAGUUCGGAUCGAAUCAUACCUCUGUCUACCUGUACUUGGCGUAAUCGUAUAUCUCACCCCAAACAUCAGCGCACUACUCUUGUUACAAGACAUCAAUCCCAACGGCAAUAAGCAUACAACUCCUCUAGAGCUUGACCGACCGAGGCUUGGGUCCUGGCCGCCGACUUCCUUUGUCCAGGCGAUUCCCGCCAAGCCAAGCUGCGCAAUCUGGCCCCAAUACCUCCUCGAUCUCUUCAGUCUCGUCAGUCUUCUCACCCACUUAACGCCUCCAGACUCUCCGAGAACGCCGGCAACAUGGAGGCGGCGUCUGCCCGCUAUGCCACGCGCGACCGGUGGGCCGAGAUGGGCCGCCUGGCACCGUCACAGCUUCAGCGCUUCAUCACGGCCGCCUGCAGUCCCGACAACUACGAGCCCAACUUGGCCCUGAACCUCGAGAUCGCCGACUUGAUCAAUUCCAAAAAGGGUUCCGCCCCCCGAGAGGCCGCCGUGGCCAUCGUCAACUACAUCAACAACCGCAACCCCAACGUUUCCCUGCUCGCCCUCAACCUGCUCGACAUCUGCGUAAAGAACUGCGGCUACCCCUUCCACCUCCAGAUCAGCACAAAGGAGUUCCUCAAUGAGCUGGUACGCCGCUUUCCCGAGCGGCCCCCGAUCCGCCCCACCCGCGUCCAGCUCAAGAUUCUCGAGGCCAUUGAGGAAUGGCGCUGUACGAUUUGCGAGACGAGCAGGUAUAAGGAGGACUUGGGCUUCAUCAGGGACAUGCACCGCUUGCUGAGUUAUAAGGGGUACACCUUCCCGGAAGUCAGAAGGGAGGAUGCAGCUGUGCUUAACCCGAGUGAUAACCUUAAAUCCGUCGAGGAGAUGGAAGAGGAGGAACGUGAGGCGCAGUCCGCCAAGCUGCAGGAGCUUAUCCGUCGAGGUACUCCCGAGGACCUUCAGGAGGCUAAUCGACUUAUGAAGAUUAUGGCUGGUUAUGACACGAGAUCCAAGGUCGAUUACCGCGCCAAGGCGGCCGAGGACGUGGGCAAAAUCCAACAAAAAGCGAGACUCCUCGAGGAGAGGUUAGAGGCUUUCAAACCCGGUGACAAGAUCGUGGACGGUGAUGUGUUCUCCGAGCUUGCUGCCGCCUUGUCCAGCGCCCAACCAAAGAUUGCGAAGAUGUGCGAGGAAGAAUCGGAUGACCAUGAAGCGGUCGCAAAGCUUCUCGAAAUCAACGACAGCAUACACCGAACCGUGGAGAGAUAUAGGUUGCUGAAGAAGGGCGAUAUAGAAGGUGCCAAGGCGUUGGCAAGUGGCGCGCCAGUUACGAGCACAAGCAACGGCAGUGGUAGUGGCAAGAGUGCGGCGCAAGAGUUGUCGCUUAUUGAUUUUGAUGCUGAGCCGAGCGGAGGAGACUCAGCCAGCCAGUCGGCAUCUCAGGGAGGAAACAGUCUCGAAAACGACUUGCUUGGCCUGUCGCUGGGUGAAACCAGCUCUUUUGGUCAAGGAGGCGGCAUUGCGCUUGGGUUCGGUGCCAAUACUAACAUUCCUGGACCGGCACUGCUCUCGUCCACUACGCAAAACAGCACCGCAAGGGGCCCCUCUCCUCAACCUGGCCCAUCCUCUUUCAACAACUUCAACUCAUUCGCAUCGCCAGCUGCUUCCCAAUCAAGCACCCCUAAGCCUCCCGCGUAUACGGCAUCCGCUUUUGCCGCGCCAGCUGCGACGUCAACAGCGUCCAAUGACCCAUUUGCUGCUCUAGCCUCUCUGUCCUCUUCAUCUACCCCAGCGCCAGCACCAGCACCAGCUGCUGCCAGUAACGACGAUGACGAGUGGUCUUUCUCCUCGGCACUGCCCCCUGAGGCGGCACCCGCCCAACCGAAGGAGCACAGGGCCGUUGUCCACAACACCGCGCUCAAAGUUGACAUGGUGGCUGUCAGAUCACUGGCAAACGGCCCGUCUCCAGCGAUUUCUAUGCAAUUUGCUUUUAGCAACAACACAGCGCAACCGAUUACCGAGGUGCAUUUCCAGUUGGCUGUUACCAAGGGAUAUGAAUUGCAACUUCAACCUCAAACUGGACGGACUCUUUCCCCCAAGCAAAGCCGGGGCAUUACGCAGUCCGUCAAUGUAUGGUAUACUGCGGACAAGACCAAGAAGGUAGAGAGCGUGAAGCUCAGGUGGAGGGUAUCGUACAAGGUCGGGGCGGAAGCAAAGGCUGAAAUGGGUGAGAUUCCCGAGUUUAGCGUGGCAUAGGGAAGAACUUUGGUCAGUAUGAGGGUCAAACGAAUAGGGAAGAGGUUUAGUGCUUGUUUACGUUCAAAAUACAUAGUAGUACGGAGCCAAUUAAUAUGUAGUGAUACGAUGACCGGCACGGAAAACAGGAAGAUGCCGUUGACUUUGUUCACUGGGAGCUGCUCGGCUGGCCAAAGAAAGGAGAAGGAAGGAGGACAUAUCCACCCAUAGGCAGCUUGUCUGUCUCGUUCUUCAUUCAGUGGGAGGCCACUACCUCACAAUUCAUGCCUCUUUCCUCUGGUAUGCGACCAAUAUACACAGGGGCAGGCACCCUCAGUCACCU